CAAGUCAGAUAUCGAUUGUGUCAUUGCAUUCUCAUCGUUAUCGCCGGCGUUUCAUUAAAGGGAAAACAAAUAUAAACAAAACAUAAAUUAAAAGAUCCAAUGAAAAUGCAAUGGACAGGGCUCUGUCUGCUGGCCAUAGCCACGAUGUGUGCAUCGAAAAAUCCGGUUUCCUCGGACACGGCAUUCCUUACGCCAGGCACGUUUAUUAAUGUUACGGAGAACAUAUACGGGUCGAAUACCCUUCGAACAUACUGCUAUCCGGGCAAGCGUUAUUCAGUUCUAAAUCUUUUUGAGACUGUGGAGUUCGUUUUGGCGAUCGACAAUGAAGACUAUGCCCAAUAUGGUGGCAAGACUCCGGAUGAGGUCCAGGAACACUACAACGAGCAACGAUCGCUGUUUAGCAUCACCCUUUUCUCUCAGAAGCGUCAACGUAUCCAGCUAUCACCAUUUGACCAGCAAUGCAUUGGGAUCUCAUCCCGACAACCAUAUAGUGUUAUCCUGAACACCAUCCAAUUGGAUCUUUGGCGUUUUGUUCAGUUCUCAUUGGGCUUUUUGACUUUCUGGAGCGCCCGGCGGCUGGCCAAGAAUAGCGUGUUCUAUUAUUUGGCCGGGGUCAUUAUCGGCAUAUGCGCCUCCUUGCUAGUGGUAAUCUAUUUGGCAGCCAAACUCUUUCCGCGUCGUCCCAUGAUGUAUGGCGUUCUAAUCGGCGGCUGGACCAUUGGUUUCUAUGUCCUCAAACAACUGGCGGACAAUCUGCGACUAAUACUACUCACCUAUCGCGAUCAUGUGGUGUGGUACCUGGUCGUCACCGGACUGAUUUCGUUUUUGAUUUGCUAUCGCAUUGGUCCGCCAAAGAAUCCACGCUCGCAGAACAUCAUCAUGUGGGUGCUGCAGGCAAUGGGAGGUGUUCUGGUUUACUUCAGCAGCUGGCACACCAGCGCCCUAAUCUUCCUAAUGGUGGUGGCCUUUUUGGCCCAUUACUUUCCUCGAUCAUGGAUGCAUUAUGCAAAGAUGAUGUACCGCCGCCGUUUUCCGACCAAAAGACGAUUGCUGACCCAGGAAGAGUACCAAGAGCAGACGGCCAUCGAGACAUCGAAAUCUCUAUCGGAGCUAAGGAAAUUCGUCAACAGUCCGGAGUGCAGACAGUGGAGCGUGAUGAGCAAUUUGCGCAAUCCCAUGCGCUUCGCCUCCUUUGCCAAUGGAGCACCGCAUCUGGAUGACGAGGAGAUCGAGGAUUAUUCGCGUGCCAUUGAAGAAUCGCUGGAGGCGUCCCCGCAAGAGGAUCCGGAGGAGUUCUUGCAGUGCAGCAUGUACUAUCGUCCGUCGGCAAGUCGCCGUCUGCUCAACCGUUCGCGUCACCGCGUUAAUAUACCAUUACCUAAUUCCCAGCAUCGCAAUCGCGUGGCCGCCCGCAACUUGGAAAACGAGGAAAGCGAGGACGAAUUUUUGGAACAGGAGGCAGACCAGCCGUUGCAGUAGUAGCCCACCAGCUAAACCAAAAACUCAUUAGGCUAAGUUCAGACCAUCGCAGUGUGUUUGUAUCGUAUACGGUUAACAAUCUUUCCACCUUGUUAUGGGUUUAUUCGUUUUGAAAUGUUUGAAUUUCAUUCUUUUUCCUUUUUUUCUUCUUAUGUUCCUUUUUUUUUGUAUUUAUAUCUUUUCAAUGGACUGAUGCACACUGUUCUCAUUUGUAACCAUUUUUAUGUGACUGUUUAGGAAUAAAUCGAAAUUAUUUAGUGUA